AGGUCGAUCUACAAAAGGACCAGUCCAAAAUUGUAGGUAUAAUAUGCCUUAACCUAGGUACCUAGGUAGCACCUGCAGUCCAGUGAAUAGAGUUUCAAGUCCCAUUCUAAUUACCUCUAACCCCGGAUUUACUGGCCUUGGCAUUUACGACAAUAAUUGACGUAAUGAGCUCCCCUCUUAAUUCAAAAUUCAACUUUCAAAAACUUCACAACUUUAUUGAACUUUCGACUUGGCUUGUCUUCUACCUUGCAACGCGCGCGCAAGCGCACACCUCACCAUGCAGUCGCGUCGGUUCUUACGGCCUUUAUGGCGCUCCUUAACCAUAAGGUCCUUUCCUCGACCUUCCGCGACCUCCUCUCCUCUCCGCCCUUUCCAACAAAAUCGACCCUUCUCCCCUACUUGCUUCCGAAAGAAUAACUGGCCACGCUCUCCUCACGAGACACGCAACUAUAACAUCGAUCCUCGCUACCGGCUCUCCCAGGCCAAGCCCCUCAUAACUACCGAUCGACUUAGACGAGUCGCCCGUUCCCCGAGCACCCACACCAUCGUCGUCCUCUCCAUCGCCGCCGCCGUGGCGUUCUACUUCAGCAACAUCCAGACCGUCCCGGUGUCUGGCCGCCGCCGCUUCAAUUGCUUCAGCGAGGAGUCGGUGGAGGCGGCGAGCGAAGCGCAGGUCAAGAGACUCAUAUGGGAGGUGGAGCGUUCCGGAGGGCGUUUCCUAAGCGAUUGGGAUCCGCGCGUGGCCAUGGUGAAGCGCGUCAUGAGGAAGUUGAUAGCCGCGUCGGGCACGGAAAAUUACGAUUGGCAGAUCUGGGUGAUUGACGAUCCCCGCUCCGUGAAUGCGUUUGUUCUUCCUGGCGGAAAGGUCUUCGUGUUCAGCGGCUUGAUACCGAUUGCUAGGAACGAGCACGGCCUCGCGACGGUGCUUGGCCACGAGAUCGCUCACAAUCUCGCCCAGCACACGGCCGAGCGCAUGUCGGGAGACAUUGGGAUAAAUAUCUUCCUCUACUCUCUUAUAUUCCUUACGGGCGGCUUAGCCAUAUUAGGCACACACUUCAUCGGAAGCACGGUUCUGGAUCUCCUAUUUUCGAGACCCAUGGGCCGCGUACAGGAGAGCGAGGCCGACUACAUCGGCUUGAUGAUGAUGGCGGAGGCUUGCUACGAUCCGCGCGAAGCCGUCCGCUUCUGGAAGCGGAUGGAGAGAGCACAACAGGAAGAACCGCCUGAAUGGCUAAGUACUCAUCCUUCCAGCUCCAACCGAAUACAGAAGAUAGAGGAAUGGUUGCCUACUGCUUUAGAAAGGAGGCAGCAGAGCGAUUGCAAGGGAACCUCGACAUUUGCAGACAUGUUUAAAGGGGCUAUGAGACAGGGUACAGUUAUAGAGCAGAGGGUAUACUAGCUGAGACCAAAGGUGAGAGAGGUUAAAGGGUUAAAGACUUAGAAUACUAAGCAGAGAUAUACAAUAACUAGGUACGCUACGCCCGGGUUCUUAGGAUUUAACAGUAUAACAGGUAGUGAUAGCCUGUAGCGUACGAAGAGAGCUUUAGUCCCAGUAGGUACGCUCUAUCGUUAAAAGACGAAUUUAUAUUUACCUAUAAA